AUGACAUCCGCUGCUGUACGGCCGGGAAUGCAAGUAUACACGAGAGUUAUCCUAACCGAAAACAUCGGCAAUGCAUGGUAUUUUACUGUUGUGACAUCAAAUAAUGAACUGGCCACAACAUAUGAGUCAAUACCUUUGUCUGUGAACAUGAACAAUGAAGAUGACGUUCUGAAAAAACAACUGCGACACCUUUUUGCUGUAAUUAAAGGUCUUGUGCAAGAGAAACUAGAUAGUUUGGGAGAUGAUUCUGAGCAGAGAAAUGCUAGAAUUGAGAGACUUUUCAAACAUAAAAAGCAUAGAACGGACGAGAAAGAUUAG